AUGGUGACGCUGGGGAAGAAGGAUCUGUUGAGGUGGGCGGCAGAGACGACUGGAAUCCGGCCCUGCAGCAAGUAUAGAGAUUUAGGCGACGGUGCGGUUCUUUUGGCACUUGCACUUCAUGUUUUUCCUACAUCGUUCCCCAGUGGUUUCGCCUCCGCCAUUUCGUAUCAAGGGAAGGACUCUGCCGAAAGAAAUUGGGAUGUGUUGCAGAACAUCAUGGAACAACGACAGUUGCCGAUGCAUUUGUUUGAUCGCCGUGCAUUCUCCGCAGGCCAGGCGCGCCAUUGCUUCAACACACUGGUACUUUUUUACUUCCUUGAUCGGUUAAAACAUAAUUCACAUUUUUGUGUCGACUUUGCAAAUCCGGUGGACCCCCGAGUUGCCGACUUCCUUCAGUCGCCUCAGAGCCUCACUAGUAUUGGAAAGUUUAGUAUUCCACCAUCAUCGUCAUCACCAUCACCGUUAGUUGGUGCAAGCCUCUGUGGGGGAAGCGCAGCGACAGUUGGCAUAGAACAAGCUGGUGAAGAUGCCCUCGUAGCGGUGGGGUCCUCGCCCGUGGGAUUGGUGGCGUCUGGACGUCCUCCACUCCGCAUGACAAGUCCGCAGCUCGCAGACGGUGGCGUAUCCCAGAGUCAGUUGUCCAGGAUGCAUAUGCUCAACACUCAAUUACGAGAGGAGCUUGACAACGUACGUGCAACAUCUCACCUUUUGCUGGCACAACAAAGGGUGAUCGUGGCGACUGAAAUUGCGGCGAUGACUGAGCAGCUGGAGGCCCAGUUGUUGCUUCUGCGUCAGCAACGUGAUCACGAAAUUCGGAGGUGUUUGAGGGAAGUACGCGAGGAGUACGAUACCUUAUUAAAUGAGAUCCCCAGUACGACGCGUUCAGAUGCGUCCAGCUUUCGUGUGCUAAGCUGUUCCAGCGGGAGCAACACUAGUAACACCGAUGGCCUUGGAGGUCUACAGCGGUUGUUUGAGGGCAAGUUUCGUAACAUGCAGCGCGAGCUUGACAUGGCUGACAGCACUAUCCAGCAAUUGCGUACCGCUGUCAAUAAACAGCAGGAGCGUCUCGAAGCGCUUGAAGAUAGAAUUCGCUGCAUAUGCUCUUCCACUCCACCUGUUAAUAACGAGGAGUGCACAGGGUUUAUCAAUAAUAUCCUCGAGCCACUUUUUGGAGUGGCACCGCGCGCCGUUGUUGAAACCGUUGGUCUACGUUUGAAAUAUGUUUUUUCACGGAUGGAUGCGCUGCGUUGCGAGGUUCAGAGGCUGCGUGGGCGUGAUGGGAGCGAGUCGGAAGCAAUUCCCGUUUCCAGCAUUGGGCAGGGCGUCGGCGGUGCCAAUAAUGCAUCACUCAGGCAGAGCGUGGGAGCAGAGAAACCGCCGCUGGUGGAUGCGGGAAACUUCUGUUACCAAACCGCGGGUGGUGGUGGGCGUAAGGCAGACGAAGUGCCCCCGAGUAUUUCCGGGGUAGGAAUAUCUGCUGGGACACGCGACGAGAAUUUUUUGGCAUGUGAGGGGUUGCGAUCGAAACCGCGCACUCUCUCGAUGGAGCGCACCCCCCUUGACACCACCACCUCCCCUACAAUUGCAUUCGUUGCUGCCAGUGGUUCCACAGCAGUUGCUUCUGAUUUUGGGGCCGAUGAAGGUGACAUUUUUGUUGUCGGUGGUGAUGCACAACCUCAUAAAGCCAAGCCAACGGUCCCUUCAAGCAAUUCCUCUGUCUCCCUGCUAUCGUUGGAGGAGUUAGAAAGGCGCAAGCACGAAAUUAUGAGCAAGUAUGGGUUUUCUCAAUAA